AUGCGCUUUACAUUCGGACCCAUCCCAAGCUACGCGAGACCUCAUUGUACUAUGCAGAUCUUCAGCGUUCGGGUGGCUGACCUGGAAGACGGCCUCCGGUGGCCGCUGCAUGUCCACGGCCUGGUCGCCGCCAGGGACACCUCGGAUCACAAUCGCAACUUCCUCUUCAGCCGCACCAGGGAUAACUGCCAGGUCCUCACCCAACAGGAUCCAUACCUACUGCUGACAGGCCCGUCGCGCGUGAUCGUGAUCAUCGACCCGAUCACGAUUGAGUUCCAGCUAAAGGUGAAGAGCAAGACAGACCCCGAAGAGGACGAGAUGCUGGCCUUCGGGAUCUUCAACUACCCCCAGACCUACCUUGCCACACAUGUGAUCCGCUCUGGUAUCCUCUGUGACCGGUGCACGAUCGAGCUUGCCUACGCGCCGCUGGACCCCUCGGUCGAGGCGACCAUCAUCGGUGUCCGGAUCAUCGACGGUGUGUGGCCAGAGGGUCUCCGGGGGCGCGUCGUCGCCGAGGUCACAACUGUGAGGGAAGGAGAGGUGCUGCUGCUCGACUCCCGGGACGGGAAGAUGCCGAUCAGCCCUUCGACCGGCGCGGUCGAGCUCUGGAGGCACGUCGUGUCGGUGGACCUCGAGGGGGGGAAGCUGGUUGUCUCCGUGGUGGCGUCCCCUCAGAUCGCUGGCAAAGAAGACGGCGAUGAUGGUGGUGGCUCUGCCGUCGUUGUUGCGCGAGGUGAGGCCGUGUUCGCGCCGGAGAGGGCCGGCACGAGCAAUGGCACCUGCGAUCUUGGCUUCUGCAAGGUGGAGGUUGCUGUUGCAUGGUCCCUUGUUUCGAGCUUGUGGAAUGAGCGGCGCGCCCUCGCGAAACUCGCAGAGGAGAGGGCAUGGAUGAGUGUUCUUUGUGUUCCUGUGUAG